UAAGAAGAAGACAAAAUAUUGCAACUCCAGCAAAGACAGUAGAUGGUGGAAAUACACUUACUUAUUUCUCUUUUCAAUAUUAUUCUAGUAAAAUAUUAUUUCAAGAUAUUAGAUUUAAUACUAGAACAUUAAAUAAAUAUAUAUUGGAUUAUUAUUAUAUUAUGAAAGUAAAUAUCUUUGGAAGUAAAAACUCUGUAAUUGAUCAUAUUAAUACAGAUACUGGAUUAAAUAAAUACACAUUUCCACUUGCAACAUCUCAAGAAGGAGAAGAUGCUGAUGACAAAUUUACAAUUAAUCCAAUAAAAAAAGAUUUUCAUAUUAGAGGAAUAGUCAUUCAAAUAGACUUUACAUCAUGUCAACUUCCAAUAAGUCAAGUAAUCGAACAAAAUAAUUCAACACUUCCAGCAAAUAUUGUUUUUGAAGAUCUUAAUAAUUUGGUUAAUAGUCCAAUAAAUAAAACUUUUAAAGUUGUAUAUAAUAAAAUAGAAACAAUUACAUCUAGUACUACAACUAGAAAUCAAGUUAUUCAAUUUAAUACUGGAUAUUAUUGGUUUAUUAAUGUAAAUGAUAUAAAUGAAAGUUUACGUAUUGUGAAAUAUAUAAAUGAUGCAGAUGAAAAAUCUCGUUACAAUAUUGGUUCACAAUUUGCACCAUCACAAAGAGAUGGAUUUUUACGAGGACCAGCAGGAACA